AUGACAAAUUCAACUAAACUUAAUUCCAUUAUUUGUUGUUCUCUACCUUUUAAACGACCAAAGGACAAGUCUGUAAAAAAUGAUCAAGAUAUAAUAAUAAAUAAUUAUCAAGUUGAUAUAAAUGAGGAACUAGACCAAAAAAAACUUUAUGGUGUAUGCAAAACUUGUGGUACGUCACUCUCCAACAAAGCUUGGUGUAAAACUUGCGAAGGUCAAAAAUUACAAAAAAAGCUUGGUGAAUGGACAAGUGGUAACGAGUAUGUCGAUAAAUUUAUUCGAAACACUCAGACUAAACCACUCAAUAAAGAUUCUUAUCUGUCUUGGAUCCCUUUCAUGAAUUUGUCUCAAUUGAAAUAUAUGGCCAACGGUGGUUUUUCGGCUGUCUAUCAUGCUUUAUGGGAUAACUUAGAGAACAAUUAUUUAAUUGAUGUUGUUCUAAAGAGAUUACACAAUGUAAUGGAAUAUGCUGAUGAAGGUGACCUGCGUGGUUAUAUACGUCAACAACAUUUACUUUGGUCUGACAGAAUGUAUAUGCUUCGGGAUAUUGCAAGAGCUCUGGAUUUUCUUCAUUCCCGUGAGUUUGUUCAUGGUGAUUUACAUACUGGUAAUGUGUUAAAGACUUCAUCGGAAAAAAAGUCUUUAAUAAAUCUAUUGACCAAAAAAAGAUUUCGUGAACGUGAUGUAGUUUUAGAUUUAUCUUUAGCCUAUAUUCCUGAUAUGUCUACUACCCCAUUAUAUGGUGUGAUGCCAUAUGUAGCUCCUGAAGUUUUCUCUAAAGGUUAUUACACAAAAGCAUCUGACAUUUAUAGUUUUGGUUUAAUUAUGUGGGAACUUGCUGUCGGUCAAACUCCUUUUUCCGAAUAUAAGCAUGAUAAAGAUUUAGUAUCUGAUAUAUGUAAUGGUGUUCGUCCUGAUAUAGAUAGAAGUAUACCUCAAUUUUAUGUUGAUCUGAUGUCAAUUUGUUGGGAUGCUAAUCCUGAAAAACGCCCAAAUUCUCGUGUUCUUCGAGGGACUAUUGAAGAUUGGAUUUUGUCUUCUGAUAAAUCAUUGUGUAAUAGGUUAUCUUCUGAUUCUAAAGAUUUAGUUAAACAAUUAAAAGAUGCUGAUACAUUGGCGAAAAAACAAUUUAAAAGACAGGCGGAAACUCCGAUAUUAAUGCCUCCUCCACCUACAUUUUCGGCUUCUUUGUUUACUAGUAAGUCAUUGAACCCGUUUGUGACUGCUCCGGAAGGAGGUCUCCCCUCUAUUCGUAAAGUUUCUAGUUCAACAAAUUACCCUGAGGUGCUUAUUCUCGCAAAAAUUUUACUUGCGAAAAAAACUUACACCAGUGUGCAAAAAAUUCUUAUGGUAUGA